AUGUAUUUGCCCGUGCACGACAUUCCAGAUUUAGUCCAGAAGAGAAACAAAAUUUUCCUUUCUUUUUUUUUUUUUUUGCUAUUUUUCGGUUAUUUUCUGUUCAAAUUGCACUGCCAAAACGGUUUGCUAGACACCUCACACACACACUCUCUUCCUCCAUACAAGAGCUCAAACUAUCUGGACAGCGCCUAUUUCCCGCGUUUCGGCGUAGCAUUACCUAAUUCGAAAACCACUUUUCUUUUCUCUUCUUAUUUUCUCCCUCUCUUCUCUCCUGUCCAGCUCUCUCCUCUACUCUUCCCCAUCUCAGUACGCUAUACAACCACACUGGACUGCACCAAAAGAACACUGAAAAAAAAAAAAAAAAAAAAAAAAAAAGAUAAACGCGAUUGCCUCACAAAAAAAAAAAUAAGAAAAACUUAA